UCACUAACUCUUUAACAAGAUGGAUGACUUAUUUUUUAAGGAUCAAGUUACCAAAUAAGUUAGCUACGUUAAAAAUUCUAGAGCCUUAAUUUUGAAUAAGCUGGCAAAGUGAAAAAAUUAAAAAACUAUUUUUAGUUUAAAAUUUUGGACAUUCGUUAUUUUGGCAUGUUUGUUAUUGAUAUUUUACUUUAUUUUCAUCUUGCUCAAUACAUCUCAAGUCUAGGCAUAAAAAAAUAUAAACUCACCCACAUUUCGGUUAAAGGUCAAUAUAAUUUUUAUGGUAAAACUAAAAUAAAUACUUUCUAAAAAUCUAAAAAUGAAAAUGAAUAUUUGUUUAAAGUUUGAGGACUAAGAUUAAAAUAGGAUUUAAAUAAAAAAAAAAAAAGUUUAAAUAAUUUUUCAAAAGAAAAGGGCGGGAGAACAAAAUUUCAGCAAUCCCCAUGGCGGCAAAAUCUGCCACAAUCUAAGAACCACAAAGAAGACAACAAAUGCAGAAUGAACCUUCUUGUCCUGAACUUGCAAUUGAAAUCUUUCCAAUCAUGCAAUCUAAAAUCAGCACCUUCUUCAAACGCCCUUCUUCGAUUUCAUCACACAGGUCGCCGGAACCCUUGAAUUCAAACGCUGACGACAGCGACUAUGGAACAUUAAAGAUCUGGGAAAAGGCAGAGCACCAAUAUAUCAACACCUAUAAGCGCAGGAAUGUGACAAGUCCACAAUGCGUCGACUUGGAGACAAAAAUUCCAAUUCCAGACGAUUCGUCUGCAAAAUCAGAAUUAGCGUCAUCGACCAAAAUUCUGGUCAAGAACAAGAAAAGAAGCUAUGCUCAGUACCAUUUACUUUUUGGUCAGUCUGAUUUUUUGCUCCAUUUUUGUUCCACCUGUGGAAUCAAAUAUGCUCGUGGGGAUGAAGACGAUGAACAAUCUCAUAAAGCAUUUCAUAAGAAAUACACUUGUGGAAUCCAAUUUAAGGGAUGGACUCACGAAAGGGUUAUCGAUAUUCCCUCUGUUGAAGGCGGCCGUAUUCUGUUGGUGUUGGAUUCUGACCCCUCUGCUCAUAAGCACAAGGUUGAAGAGGUGGUCAAGAUGAUGGAGAAAGAGCUGGGAAGUGGAUGGAUAUUGCAUAAGAAUUAUCAGGUUUAUCUGUUUGUUUCAUCCCAGAGAAUUGUAGGAUGUCUAGUAGUAGAACCAAUAACGAAAGCUUAUAAAGUUGUCUCAUGUUUUCUGGACGAAAGAACCGAAGUGUCUAAGAUAAAGGAUUCAAAACCAAAUUCAACUACCUUGCAGUUUGGUAACAUCACUUUCCAGAGAGAAGCCAUUUUGAAGAAACCUACUAAUAAUCCUGAGGCAUUGGAAAUGAACAUGAAUGGUGCAAUUUUAUGUGAAGAAGAACCUGUUCCUGCUGUUUGUGGAAUUCGAGCAAUUUGGGUUACUCCUGCCAAUAGAAGAAAGCAUAUUGCCAGCCGAUUGCUAGAUGCUGCAAGGAAAAGCUUCUACAAGAGAGCUGCCCUCGAGUGCUCUCAAUUGGCAUUCUCUCAGCCAACUUCUUCUGGAAUGGCAUUGGCAUCAAAAUAUGUAAGCUCCAAGUCUAUAUUGGUGUACAAAAGCAGCAUUCUGAUCUAAGGAUAUCGAAAUCUUGGAGAGGGUUCAUAUUUAGCCUGGACAAAGAAGGUAAACCAAGCAGGGGGGACAUAGUUCUCAUGAAUGAUGGGAAAAUUAUAUGGUUCAUUCAAGAAAUGAAGAAACAGACUUUUUCUGCUGUGGAUUCUGCAGGUGGCAAAGCAGAUGCCUCUGGUGGUGGUGUUUGAGGAGGUGCCACAUGCUUUUACAGGAGGGAAUUCAUCACUUGAGACUGAAACAGCUCUGGGUUCAUCAUAAUAAAGGUGAAAAGUAGCUUCACUCAACGUGCUUAAGUUUCUUUUUCUUGACAAAGCCAACAGAGAGUAGAAACAAUUGUGUAAAUGCAUAUUGCGAUUAGUUUAUGAAAAUUCGAGGCACUAAGUUAUUGUCUA